AUGGUUAAAUACUCAUUAAAACAUAGUGGUUUAAAGAAAGAUAUGCUUGUAGAUGCGAUCAUUAAACAUCAAGAACAUCGAGAUGAAUUGAAAUCAAAGUUAGUAACAGACAAUUCAAUCGAACAAUAUCAUCGUGGAACUGUUGAAUAUCGAUUGCCAACAUUGAUCAUCUAUCGAAUCAUUCGUGAUCUCUGGCAUGACGAUAUCAACUUAAAUUUGAACACUCUCCAUCUUUGUAGAAACUACCGAUGGCUGCUCUCUAUUGGCUUGGUUUCCAAAGAGUUAUUCAAGUUGAUAUCAUCGUUGUUCACUCGAUUUGAACUUAUUAGUACAUAUCAAAUCUAUGAGUCUCAUCGAAUGCCAGAUGUUCUUGCAAAGGAGAUCAAGAGUCAUUAUUUAAAUCCACUUUCAGUGGUCAAGAAUAUCAGUCAUUUAACACUUUCAAUGGAGAUCUUCAAGGAAAUCAACAAUAAAUCGAAAAGUACAUCCAUCGAAUUGGGUGUAAUAUUCAACAAUGUCAGGAAACUAAACUACAGUUCUGAUUUAAUAUCGAGUUCUUUGAGAAAGUUGAAACUUCCACACUCUCCUUUUAGCCGUUCAUUCUUGAGCAUAUUGCCUAGCGACAGUCAAGUUACAACGUUCAGUCUGGCCUAUAUUAGUUUGGAGCAGAUUAAUAUGAUCGGUAGUAACUUUAAGAAUAUCACUAAACUCAUUUUGUGGAAGAUAAACGGCAAUGCAGAAUCAAAGUUAGAGGAACUAUUGUGUUCACCAAAGUGCAAUGUACGCACUCUCUACUUUGAUUGUAGAGAUAGAUUUCAAAUGUUGUUGCAUCGUGUGUUGCCCGUAAAUCAAUCGAUUGAGACCAUCGAUGUUGGUGAAAAUCUCAAGGAAACAUUCUGUGUGGCAUCGAAAUCAUCAUCGAUAAAUCGUUUCAUAUUUCACGAACACCGUGAACAAUCUAAUGCAUACUCGCGCAUAUUUCAACCUACAGGUUACAUUCACAUCAAAUCGAAAUAUAGAAAGAACCCCGGUACAUUAUUUUCAGUUGGAGCCGUUAUGAAGUACGCCAAGAAGAUCUAUAAUGUGUCAGAGAAUACCGAUGACAACCAAGCAAUAGAAUCAGACUAUCCCAAUCUUAAAUUUUUAAGUUAUGUUCAAUAG